UUCACACGUGUGUCAUACGCAACCAAGGGAUCUCUCAUUUUCUUUCUCCGAAGACACACGCUUUUCUCUCUCUCUCUCUCUCUCUACAGUCGAACUGCUUCUCUUUCUCUAAGAUCUCUCUCAGAGAUCGUCGUCCUUGCCCAACCAUCAAUCUGAUUUCGCACUUUUGCAGGCCUUCUGAGCUAAAGCUUAUCACAUUUGACUGGAACUUCAUGAGCAAUCAAUUUUACUCGCAAAUGGAGAUGAAUACCAUCAAAGAUGCUUUUGAUCGAGUUACUAAGAAGCAAAAAUUAUCGAAUUCUACAUCCCUAGAAGUAAUCUCCCAAGUUGGCCAUGAACUUGAAAAGGCAUUGGCUGACAUCCAGUCAGUUCAUGAGUUCACCUCUCAUGUUGAUCAGAAAUCCAUCCUCACAGAACUUAAAACCAAGGUCGAAAUGCUUAACCCGCAACACCAGCUAGAGUCAUCACAGAAGGACCUGAACACAAGCCUAAGCAAGUACGUAAAAAUCUUUGAGAAGAUUUUCAAUCCCGACAUAUCCAAGGCAUACAGAAAUGUUGACUUUGACCUCCACGUUGUGAAUCAGAUCAUUGCAAGCCAUUUUUACCGCGAAGGUCUCUUUGAUGUUGCAGACUGUUUGAUUAAUGAGGCUGGGGAAUCAGAGACCAUCUCCCUAAAAUGUCAAUUUGAAGAAAUGCAUCAGAUACUAGAAGCUAUGAGGACUAAAGACCUUGUGCCUGCUCUGAACUGGGUCUCUACAAACCGUGAACAACUGAAGCAGAUUGGUUCAAAUCUUGAGCUGAAACUUCACCGACUGCAGUUUGUGGAGAUUCUUAAGAAAACAGGCCAAACUGAUGCUCUUACCUACGCCAGAACUUACCUUGCUCCUUUUGCUUCUGAGUACAUGGAUGAAUUCCAGAAGCUUAUGUGCAGCCUGUUAUGGGCAGGAAAACUUGAUAGAUCCCCAUAUGCUGAGCUAAUGGCUCCAUCCCAUUGGGAAAAGUUGGGCGAGGAGCUGACCCAGCAGUUCUGCAGUUUCUUGGGGCAGUCAUACGAGAGCCCAUUAAGUGUGGCACUAGCAGCAGGUGUUGAAGGGUUGCCUACCCUCUUAAAGCUUGCGAAUGUCAUGGCUGCAAAGAAGCAGGAGUGGCAAGCAAUGAAACAGUUGCCGGUGCCAGUUGAUUUGGGUAAGGAAUUCCAGUUCCAUUCAAUAUUUGUCUGCCCGGUAAGUAGGGAGCAAGCCAGUGAGGAGAAUCCACCAAUGCUAAUGCCAUGUGGGCAUGUCCUUUGCAAGCAAUCAAUCAUGAAAUUGUCAAAGGGCAGCACGCGCACGUUCAAAUGUCCAUACUGUCCUCUUGAGGCUUCGGUUGCACAGUGCAAACAACUUUAUUUUUGAUAUGAAUUUGUUGUAGUUUCUCUCUCUCUCUCUGGUAUAGACUGGUGGUGGUAGUAGUCUUGGAUGUAGUAAUGCUUGUGUGUUCUUGUAAAAAGUACAGAUUCUUUCUAAAUUGAUGUUCCAAAUUGGUUGAAGUUUCAGUAACACUAUUCAACUUGUUCCUUAUAA